AUCACAAAGCAGAAAGCUACUGUUUUAACAAGUAGUAUCUAAAGCAGGAUGAGCCAGGCAGACUGAACAUUCACAAACGUUAGUCAAAGUACAACCCCCCUGCUCCAGGAUAUUACCUCUCACCCUAGGGACAGAAUGCUGGCAAAGCAGUUUCUACCCCAUGGAAAGCACAUUUAAGACUGUCAAACUUCGAAUGAGCAUUCAUUUCAACAAUUCAUAACUUUACUCUUUUACCAACUUACUUCAGGUUAACAUAUAAAUAAGGAUACCUGGUUUUAUGACAAUCACAGAAGAACUUUGAAUCUGCUAAAACGUCCCAAAGAAAGUAUUCUCCAUAGCCAACACACGAGCAGACCUUCACCAGCUCAGUGAAAGCCAGCUGCACUGUUCCGUGCAAGAAUGAAGACUUUGCAGGCUACUUUUCUGUUGUUUGUGUUUGUACCCUUGAUGAAGUCAGCACCACCUAUACAGCAAGAAUCACUCCGGUUUUAUGAACAUGAUACAGAUGUUGCCAUGGGAAGCCUGAUCCAGCAAGAUUAUGAAAUGCAACCCGAGGAUAUAAGAAAGGAGGGAACAAAUGUUUCUCUUGACACUUCCCUAAGACUGCAAGGGGAUGACAGCGAACGCAAUGUAGCACCAACAAAGGAUACAAAUUUACCCACUUGUCUGCUCUGCGUGUGUUUAAGCGGAUCAGUGUACUGCGAAGAAAUAGAUAUCGAAGCUGUACCCCCACUGCCAAAGGAAACAGCGUAUCUCUAUGCACGAUUUAACAAAAUAAAAAGGAUAGCAGUCUCAGAUUUUGCUGACAUUCCUACCUUGAGAAGAAUUGAUUUUAGUGGAAAUAGGAUAGAAGAAAUAGAAGAUGGAGCCUUUUCAAAGCUUCUGUUAUUGGAAGAACUUUCUCUUGCUGAAAAUCGACUUCUGAAACUUCCUGCUCUGCCUCCCAAACUAACAACAUUCAAUGCAAACCAAAACAGAAUCAAGAGCAGGGGAAUCAAAGCAAAUGCUUUCAAGAAGCUGACAAAUUUGGCCUACCUCUACUUGGGACAUAACGCGCUGGAAUCUGUUCCUCUUAACUUACCAGAAAGUCUGCGUAUUCUUCACCUUCAGUACAACAAUAUUACUACAAUCACCGAUGACACAUUCUGCAAAUCCAAUAACACACGUUACAUCCGCACACAAAUGGAUGAGAUAAGGAUGGAAGGCAACCCAAUCCUCUUGGCAAAGCACGUGAAUGCUUUUUCCUGCUUGAGAACACUGCCUGUAGGAACAUACUACUAGCCACUGCUUAUGUAAUUAUACAUGCCAAAACUUAAACAUAGUAACAAAAGCUCAUUCUUUUUCCUCUGUUUACAUGUUUAUAUCCUCUCCCUCACUAAUGCCCUUUUCCCUGCAUACCCAGAAACUUUUACUAUGUUGAAACAUGGUUCUUCUCUGAAAUAACCGUUUCAAACCAGCCACUUUAUUUAGGAGUUAAAUGUCAUCCCCGCUUUCAGAAUCUUUUAUCUUAAUUAUAAUGUAAAAUUACAUAUAUACACACACAUCUUCUCGACUUUUAUUCCACCACAUAUUCUUUAUGUGUAGGUAAAGUCGCACAAGUAACUGCUUGUUGACAUUCUUCACCAGUACUCAGAACGAUCACUACGUACUAAUCUCAGAUAAAUGCAAAACAUUCCUUGAGCAAGCUACAGAGGAAAUGUACAUCUUAAUUCCAAUCCCACUUUUUAAAUCUGAAAUGUAUUGGAUGAAGCUGCAUACAAAAGAAUGCUAUGUUCAGAAACAGAACUUCUCAAAACCUAACUUCAUUAAAGAUUCCUUAAAAAAGUGGUUUGUGGAAAAUGAGAGUAAUUCCUAUUUAGGCUCAUUGUACCAAGCAACAUAGCAAGUGGAACUUUUCAAAAAUCUGUUAAAACUCCUCCUACGAUCCAAGAGUGUGUGUGUAUAUAUAUAUAUUAUAUAUGUAUUUUUACACAAGGUAUUUUUAAUUGAAAUACAUAAAUUUUACUCAACUGUACUCGCAAGAGUCAUUUUUGCCACACCAGCCACCCAUUUUAACACGAUGAUCAAAGUACAGCAUAGUAUGACUCCAAGUGUCUUUGUUAUUAACUGAUAAUGUAGACUGAGCCUUGUUCCAUUGCUUUUUCUUGACAAGGAAAUGUGACAAUAUAAAUCAUAGCAUAGCUGAAUUAAUGUUUUUACCUGUAAAUAAGUAAGAUUUCAGCUAGAUGCCAGUGCAAAUAAAGAGAAUUACCCUUGUAAAACAAUACUUUCGCUCAUUAGGGAAAAUCAAAUGACAUCUUUAAAUGAUAAAGAAAAGUUGAUUCUAUCAUUAAUCUUAAAAUAGUGUUAACUUCAUGCAUCAUUUCACUCAACUACUUUAAACCAUGCCGUGUAUUAGAAACACAAAUCAAUGUGUGCAGUCAGUUGGCCUAAAAUGAGACAUAAUUGAUACAGGACACAAAGUUUUUACUUACACAGCUAUACAUUUCUGACGUUCAUUUUCAGUUUCUCUCCCCAAAUACCUACCACAGUUGUAAACUUUCAGACAAAUGAAUGCCAAAAGUGAGCUAUUUACUAUUACCAGAUGAACUUUGUACUAAUUUUGAAGCUAGUAUAGAUUCCUAAUUUGUAGAAAUAGUUAAACAUAAAAUGCAUGAUGAUGUAUCACUACAUCUAGAAUACUGAUUUUACAGGAUAUUUUAUAUUAUUUUUAUUUAUCUUAUUUAGCUAAGCCUUGAUUUGUUAGUGCUUGUACUAUGGGAAUUAAUUGCGCACUUAGUUCUGAACAUACUGAUGCUCUGCCACCCAGAGUUUUGAGACCUAAGAGACUUCCAGUCACUUUUAAAGUAACUAUGUCAAGGAUCAACUGUGGGCCCAUCUUUCUGGAAAGAUGAUGUAAUUAUGAAAUGUAGGACAAAAAUAUUUUUGCCUUGAACCCAUUAACCAAGAAAGACACAGCAAUCCCCAAUAUUUUCUAUUUUAAGUUAUUUAGUAUAACAAAAAAUUCCAUUGUCUUAAUAAAACUGAGAAGAAAACCAAGCCCAGCUGUGAGAACAAUACUCGGUUUUAAUUUUCCCAUGUAAAUAUUAUGACUUUGAUAUUUCCAGGUUUUUAGCAAAAGGUAAAAAAAUAACCCUGAAGCGUGUAAAAAUACAUUCCAACUUAGAGCCAAAUUUAUACUAGAAUAAAAUAGAAGCAAACAAUUCUCUCAUUCCUCUUUUGACAAAUGCCUAAGAUGGAGAAAACACAGCUACAAGUAUGUUACAUAAGCAGUGGCCUCUGACCUUGUUCCCAGCACAAAUCAUUAUUACUAAAUAAAGCUCUUUCCAGUCACGAUAGUAUUGGUAAAUAUCACCAAAACUCUUCCUGUUAAAAUAGUUGCAUGUGUAAACACAAAUAUAUGUACAUUCAUGUAAUAUACACACAUGUAAACAUUGUAAGACCUAGCCACUACCACUUUAUUAAUUUUACAUUAAAAUGUUGUAUAUAUUUUUUUUAAGUACUAAAAAUUGACAGUAAUGCUAAUUAAUGCUCUAAAUAUUUUGUGAGCAAACCAAAGUAGAGAACUGGUACCUUCUGAACACUUUAUGCAGGCAAUAAAUUAUCAGAUGUUUUAAUUUACUUUCCCCAUUCACAGAAAGUUAACUCAUCAAAACAUCAAGUGAAAACAGCUUCAGUAUGUGGGAUUUUUUUGUCUUCUAUUUGUGUGACCAGUACUAACAUCAAGCUGAAUGUACACCAUUCUGCUUUUUCCUAUCACUAUUUCUGUUCUGUAUUUCCAAUAAAACUUGAAUUUUUUUCCUUGUCUAUCAA